UGUCGAUUUGUCAUCACUAGUCAAUCUCGGCUCAGCUGAGUAGGUUGUGUUUACCUAAUACGGGUUGCGGGUGCCGUAGGUGGAUUUCUGCCAUUUUGGAGAAAAGAAGAGUGCAAGUCGGGAGCUGGAGAAAGUGAAGUCCUGGAAGAAUGGGCGCCCUGAAAGGAUUCGUCAAGUUCAACGGCUAUACGGUGGCCGUUGCGUGCAUAAACUACACGCUGACAAAAGUGUUGGCAACGAAUAUCGAGGGAAAGUUUGUGGAAGUUUUUUCCUUUGUAAAAAGCUAUCUAGCAACCGCGAGUCAACCCUCAUCGAUUUCAUACUUGGCACUACUCAUAGCAAGCAUUACGCUAUUCCUGGGCAUAUUCUGGGAAUGCAAAGCCCUAAUGAUCCCAUUCAUCGUUGCCUACAUAAAGGUGCUAGACGACGAAACCGGUGGAACCUACAAAAUGGCAACCGUGUGGGAGUUGCUUUUCUCAGUCUACACUGCAAUAACGCUGAUCAUGCUGUUCUCGCUAGGACUCUGCACUUGUUUCCGCAGUAAGGAUGAUCAAUCCAAAAAGAAACAACCCUCUUGGAUAUCCCAGUGCUGCUGGACUUUUUGGGGUUGUCGAUGCUGUAGGCGAGGUCGAGAAGUGUACCCAACGCUAGACGCACACUCGCACUGUUCCUGCGAGACCUUGAAUAUCCGGACGGCCGGACCGAACGAUAAGCACUAUCAUCGGGUGAUAUUUGUGUAGGCGGACACAGACGUGAUGACGAUGAAGACGGCAACGAUGACGUUGGCUUUUGAUGAAACAUUAUUUUUGUUAAUCAGCUGCGCGAUGACCAAAGAGUUGAUGCCAAUGAAGGUUCAUGACACGCAACCAGGGAGAGGGUUGAUCAUCGAACGAUGAACCAGCGAUCUUGAACGGAUCCUGGUAUGACGAAAACGAUUACUUUUCUUAUGCGAGAGUCAUUCCAGCUGGAUGGGGGGAAGUGAGCGAGGGAAAAGUGACUGCAGGGGAUUGCAGCCGAGUGAAUCAAGUGAAACUAGUUGUGAGUGUGUACUCAGAAAACGAAAAUAAGUGAUAGAAUGCCCUUAGUCAAAACGAAAAUAUAGUAGUGAAUAAGUGAAUCAUUUUGUAGGUGAAAUACUGAUUUCCGUGAAAUCUAGUCCUUUAAAAAGAAAGUGUCUAUUUACAUACAUAUCAUAAUUAUUUAUACGUACUGCCCAAUUGCCUCAUCAAUUGAAAUUUAACCGAAAUUGUUAUCUAUUAUUUAGGAGAAUUUCAAUAAAUUUUCAAUAUCCCGGA